AUGCCGGCUCCAAAGACACAAGAUUUACCUCCAAAUGGUGGAUAUCAGAAGAUUAAGUUUGUUCGAGUUCCAGCUAAGACUUUAUUCUCCGGUUUUCAAAUAAUUGGAGCUUAUGUUGGUAUUACUUCAUUUGCUGCCUACAUCUAUUAUCUUACAUACAAACAAAUCCAACGUGAAGAGAUAGAAAUGAGAUCCUGUAAAUUGGCACUUAUGCCUAUGUUAAUUGCUGAAAGAGAUCGAGAAUUUCUUAAACAAGUGCGUAGAAAUCGUGAUGAGGAAUCGAAACUCAUGAAAAAUGUUCCUGGUUGGGUUACUGGUACAUGGUACGGAGAACCAAUCUACAAGACUAAACCAAAAGAUUACUUCGAUGAAGGAACUUGGGAUGAUUUAUGCGUCCAUUCAAAUUAUCGCACUAGUGCUAUUCGUCAAAAUUUCCAUCUCUGGAACUAA